AUGGCCAGAGAAAGGAAACAGACUGUAGAAUUCUACUACAGCAUGCUAAGGGAUCUCUACGAUCAGACAGAUGCAAUUCCUACAAGAUUAAAAGACAUCAAGCAAAUAAAAGCAAAAUUAUCAAGUCUGAAACGUAAGAAACUGGAGGGACUUGAAAUGAAAACCAAAGUAAAGUCAGUCACUGAAGAUGAGACUGCUGCAUUGUACCACCUUGUCAGACACGCCAAGAAUAGAAGUUUCGUGGAUGAACUUCAGAUCGAUGGUGGUACCAUACUCACCACCCAGAAGGAAAUAAUUACAGAGAUCUCAGCGAGGCUCUCUGCUAAGGAGAGGGGCAGGAGGCUGGUCCAGGCGGCUGAGUGGGGGGCAGUGGGGCAGCUGAGGGCGCUGAUCGCCGCAGGGGCCGACGUGGCGGCGAGGGACGUGAGGGGGUUGACCGCCCUGCACUGUGCAGCGCGCUGGGGAGCCUAUGGCCGCGCAGAAGUGGCGGCUGCGCUGCUCGACGCGGGGGCCGACAGGAGGGUCACAACUGGUGAUGGGGAGACAGCGCUGGACCUCGCCAGGCGGUUCAACCAGAGCCGGCUGGUGGAGAUGCUGUCAUGA